UCCAAAAAAAAAAAAGGAAUAAGAAGAAAAUGUUAACAAAGGCAAAGCACAAAUGUUUGCCAAAAAUUCGUUGAACUCGUAUGAAGGCAAAGCUAGCUAAUUCAUUGAUUCACUCGGAGUCGGUAGAGCUUGAGUUAUUUAAAGAUACAACACCAAAGCUCUUGAGCAUAUUCGAAGCUCCUCCAUCCCCUCUCGCGUCUCUCUCAGAAUCGUAGAACUCAAUGGCGUCCCGGGACAAGAAACCUUCCAAGCCCUCCAGCAGCAGAGCCGGUGGCAUACGCACGCUCUCCGAUCUGAACCGGCCGUCCGCUGACUCGGACAGCGACUCGGAUGGCCCUCAGGAGUACUAUACUGGUGGCGAGAAGAGCGGGAUGCUUGUCCAAGAUCCCUCGAAGGCUAAUGAUGUGGAUGCCAUCUUUAAUCAAGCUAGACAAUUGGGAGCAGUUGAAGGGCCCAUUGAACAACUUCGUCCUUCUUCAAGCUCAAGCAACUUUACAGGAACUGGUAGAUUACUUUCAGGGGAAACUGCACAAGCUGCUCCUCGGCAGCCUGAGAGCGUUGUUCACAACAUUGUUUUCUGGAGUAAUGGUUUCUCUGUAAAUGAUGGUCCUUUGAGGAGGUUGGACGAUCCCGAAAAUGCAUCUUUCUUAGAGAGUAUCAGAAACUCUGAAUGCCCUAAAGAGCUUGAACCUGCAGAUAGGAGGUCCUCGGUUCAUGUUAAUCUGAUAAGGAGAAAUGAGAACUUCCCUGAACCAGAGAGGCGCCAUGUUCCAUUUCAGGGUGUGGGGAGAACUCUAGGUAGCAGCUCUGCUCCAGUGACACCUGAGCCUACUGUUACUUCCACCACACUCAACUCUGCUCCAACACCUUCCACAGGCCUGGUUGUGGAUGAAGCAUUACCAUCAACCUCCAUUCAGCUUAGAUUCGCCGAUGGGACCCGUAUGGUAGCACAUUUUAAUUACCACCAUACAAUCAAUGACAUUCGCUCCUUCAUUGAUGCAUCUAGGCCUGGAGGUGCAAGGAAUUAUCAUCUUCAAAUGAUGGGAUUCCCUCCCAAGCUUCUUGGUGAUUCAACUCAGACAAUUGAGCAGGCAAAUCUCGCUAACUCAGUUGUUAUCCAGAAAUUCUAGCUGGCUUCACUCAGAUCUCUGCUCUCUGGUCAUUACAUUAUAGGUAUUUUAGAGAAUUGAACCAGUUCCAUCAACUUAAGACCCGAGUGUGUAUUGGAAAGUCGAGGAAUUGCUUGAAAUCUCCUAUUUGAUCGUUUCUGUUGAAAAGUAGAAAUAAAUUAUGAUUCGUAUUUCUUGAAA